GUGUCAAACAUCUUGGUCGACACUCGGCACCCAUAGCGCGUCAAAGCGUCAAUUCGAAAACGCUUAGAAAACAGCGGGCACUCGGACUCCUCAUUAACCCAGAAAAUGGUAGCCGACAGGUGCCGAAUGCCCGCAAAGAUUUACGAUUAGGUGAAAUGGCUCAUUGAGGAGACAUUGGUACCGCAGCUGCACCAGUGAAAGACGAAAGAAACUUGUAUGCGAGAUAUAUUAGCCGGGCUGGUGGGUGCGCGGCCAGUGGCUCUAAAACCGCCGUUGAAAUCGCACGCCCGUUCAACGCGCGGUGGAUCUUGCGUUCGAAUUUCGAACUUCGAAAUUUUUUUCGUGUGCUGUGGUUUUUCGGAGGCCUGUGUUUUUGGAACAGUUUUGAAAUCCAACAUGGACGACUGAGUCGCCGCAGCGACAGUGAAUCGAAUUAGUGAACGAAAAAUAUAGUGAUUUUAAGACAAGUGACACCCAAUAUGGCUUUCGCGGCCCAUUUUAUAGUGUCGGCAGCCUUCGUUAUCAUUGCGGCAUCGUGGAUUGACGCCGCCCGCGACGCAUCGUGCCCACGGAUCUGCGGGCCCGCGCUGCAAGGAGAGCCAGUGUGUGCCACCGAUGGAUACAUUUACCCUUCGCUCUGCGAGAUGAGGAAGAAGACUUGUGGGAAAGGUGUCCGACUAGCGCCAGAACAGGGGUCCUGCUCCCGCUCCCAAGGGUCCAAGUGCGACCACCGCUGCACGUCCGAACGGGACCCAGUGUGCGGCACUGAUGGAAGAACUUACCUCAAUCGGUGCAUGCUUCAGGUGGAAAUAUGCAGGGUUGGCACCGGCCUGUCUCACUUAGGCGCCUGCAACAACAUCAGCGCCCAUCGCGAGAACUGUCCCGUUGACUGCUCCCAAGCUCCACUGGAUGGACCCAUCUGCGGUUCUGAUGGAAAUGUCUACAAGAGCACUUGUCAAAUGAAACUGCUGACCUGCGGACAAGGAGUAGUGCGAACGAGCAAGAAACACUGUCAAACGACGCGGCACUGCCGUGAGUCGUGCUGGCGCGUCGCACGACCGACCUGCGGCUCCGACGGCAAACUAUACGCUAACGCUUGCAGAAUGAAGGCGACUAACUGUGGAAAGCACGUGUUCGAAGUGCCGAUGGCGUUCUGCGUGUCACAGGAGCGUACUUCAGGCGGCGAAGCCUGCGCAACCGACUGCUCGGGUCAGAAGGAGAAGCUUGUUUGUGGCUCUGACGAGAACGUGUAUAGGAACGAGUGCGAGAUGAAAAUGCUUAACUGCGGAGUGAGCAACAGGAAGAUAGUGAAGAAGGUGGACAUGGAGAAAUGCCGAGCGAAGAUGAACAAAUGCCUGAAGGUCAAGUGUCCCAGCGAGUCUGACCCAGUCUGCGGCACCGACGCCACCGUCUACGCCAACCCGUGCCAUCUCAAGGUCGCCACUUGCCUCAAAGGAGUUCAGCUGGCGCACUUCGGAAACUGCACGUUGCUGCCGCGACUCGAGAUCGACUGCCCGGAGAGCUGUGAGAACGCCGUGGAGCAGCCUGUCUGUGGAUCCGACGGAAACGUUUACAAGUCUGAAUGCGAGCUCCGCCGCCUCACCUGCGGCCAGCACGUGGUAACCGUGUCGGCCUCGCACUGCCGCACCACCGCGCUCUGCCACGAGUCGUGUCCCGACACACCGGCGUUCGUCUGUGGCUCCGACAACCGCUUCUACAAGAACGAGUGUAUCAUGAAGAAAGAGAACUGCGGCAAACACGUGUUCGUGGUGCCGCUGAAGCGCUGUCUGGCCCGCUUCCAGUACUCCGGGUGUGCGCGAGUGUGCCCGCCAGAGUAUGAUCCCGUGUGCGGCACUGACGACAAAACUUACUCCAAUAAGUGCUUCCUUGAGAUGGAGAAUUGCCGGUCUAGGAGUUUGGUGUCAUUAAAAUACCUAGGCACAUGCAGCGAACCUAUCGCCGAGGAGCCGAAGAACUACCUUUAUCGAUAGAACCUAUCGCCAUCGAUAAAAUCACCAGUCAUAUCGACAUUUCUUCCAAUCCAUAUCGUUACUGGAAUCCAUUUUACAUUAGUGCCAACUUAUUUAAGUAAUCAAAGUUAUACCUUUGGUGGAAGACUAUGUUCAGUAUAGGUAAGGAGUCUUUUUCUAACCAAGGGUAUUAAAUGUGUAUUCGGUUAAGCUUAAAAGUUGCAUGUUAUCAGAUUGAAACCGAAACAGUCCUAAUUUAAAUUGUAAAAAAAAACUAAGUAGUUAUUUGUUUUACAAGGGGGCAAAGUUAUUGUUCAACUCCUCGUGUCAACAUUGAUAGCCGGGCACGCUUUGUGAUUCCAACAUCGAACCACGAGAGUAGCGAGUGGUUCGAAAAGUGGAACAUUGAGCGUUACAAAGGUUUAAGACAAUUGUGAGACAAAGGUUUCAUGAGUGAAACACAAUUUUUUUCACCACACAAACGCGAAGUAAAUACUUAUUGUAAAACAUUACAAAUUAAAUCCAAAUGACCGCUAUUAAAUAUUAUUUUGCCACUCUUGUGGAUAAAAUACAACUUUCUCUAAGAGAGCCUUUACGAGCUAGGAGUAAAAAAAAAACUGUUCGGAAGAGGUAUAAAUUUAACUUAUACAUGUGACUUUUUAAUAAGCUUAACUUAAUUUAGCGACCAACUCAAUGAAAUUCGUCUUCCAUUUUAUCGUGUUUAAUAUCUCUAGAUUUCAAUAUAAAAUAAAUAAGUAAGUACAAAAACAUCCAGUGUAUGCUCCACUAACGCCUGCGCAAUAUUGACGUAAAUUUACAAAAGAUUUCAAAUUUCAAAUUAUCAAUUUUAAUCUUUUAAGUGAACUUGAUAUUAAGAACUAAGUUUGGACUGUUUAAUUUAUUUUUCUAUUUAUUAUCUAAUCGUAGUUUAAGGUUUUGUAAAUAUUUAGUGAAUUCUUUAACAAUUAUUUAUUUUAUUUAUAAACUUUAUCGCUGCAUUUAAAGAAAAGACUUACCUUAAAUGAAUAUUUUCACACAUUUUAUUAAUUUUAUGGAAAACUACUGAAGACAAAAAUAGACGUCAAUAAAUUUGUAACAUAAGAUAAGGAUAGGUACCUACUAAUCUUUGCAUUGUAAGAAUAAACGGAAUACAAAUUUAGCACAACAGUUUUGUAAUUAAGAUAUCUAAUAUAAAAAAAAAAAGUUUCCGCAAACUAUAUUCUGU